CCGUGUGGUGCCUGCACUGGCUGCACACAGAGACACUUCUGCAUCUCUGCCGUGGUGCUGCUCGUCCUCGUGGCCGCUGUGGCCUCGGGGGUGGCAGCCCUGGCACUCCUGCCACGGGCACCAGGUUGUAUGCCAAGAGUGGUUGUUUUUUCAGUAAGGGAGGCAGAAAUGGUGCUGCAUGAGCACAGCUGGACCAGCUUUGCUCAGCCCAGAUGGCCACCAGCCAUUCCCUGGCUCUGUCCUGCUUCGUAGGGCUGGCAUAACUCUGGGUAGCACUGUCAUGCUUAGGACUACUGGUGUGGUUUUCAGAUUCUGCCAUGAACCUACCAGAAAUUAAUCCUGACCCCUGGUUAUUUCCAGAACAUAAAGUUAAUUUCAGAAACCCCCCUUUACUCCCUUUGAUCUAUUCCUUGUAUCACAAAAAUGCUGGAAAAUAAAGGUUUUCUUGCUUUCCCCUCAGCGAACCGCCUCUGCACAGCCCCUAAUAACAGGACAGGCUUCCUGUGUGACGACAGAGUGACUUGUGUCCCAGCCAGCUGGGUCUGUGACAGAGUCAGCAACUGCAGGAACGGAGAGGAUGAGCAGGAGCAGUUCUGUGGUGACUUGCCCCACAGCCUUCCAGGAUACCUGGUGUUCUACUGCAGCAGCCCCAGAUCCUGGGUUUAUGCUGACCAGAGGUGUAACGGGAUGAAUGACUGCGGGGACUGCUCUGACGAGACGUGGGGCUCGGCCGCCUGCCCCCCGUGCGGGCAGGAGUGGUGGAGCUGCAGCCCUGCACACUUCCAGUUCUGCUCCUGCAUCCCCAGGAGGCUGUGCCGGGAUGGAACCCAGCACUGCCUGGACUGGUCCGACGAGUUCCUCUGCACAGCCUGAAUCCUGGCACCCAUCCCUGCUGGGGACAGCAGGGUGCUUCCCACUCGUCACCCUGGAGCCUCAGGGUCCUGCUCUGCCACCUGCUUGGGAAGCUCCAGCCCCAGCAAAUCCUCCCCAGCAGUGCAGUGACACUGAACAGGGACCAAGGGCGUGUGGCAGCCCUCAGCUGGACACUGGCUGUGGGACAGCUGCCAGGAGUCUGUGCCAUGUGAAGGUGGCACUUCCUUCCUGGGCAGCACUGACUCGAGGAGAAGCUUCUGUUUGGGCUCAGAACACAUCUGCAGAUGGUUUCAGCAGUGACUUUGAGGCCUCUGUGUUGAUGCUCCUGGGACACUUCCAUGGGCAUGCUGUGCUGGGAGUGACACCAUGGGGAGAUGCUGCUCAGGCCACCUCCUGCUCUUUUCUCAAACCAUGAAGGCCAGCACAGAGAGUGUAAUGGCAAGGAAAACUGGAGAAGUUUCAGGGUUUGGGGGGAUAAAUCAUGUCCCUGUGACAGAGUAGCUGUCCCUGACAGCCAGGGCAGGAACCAGUGUGUAAAUAACUUGCUCUUCACCCAGGGCUGUGCAGUUUUUGCAGCAUCAGGUUGAGAACAGCCAUGGAGCUGGAAUGGCUCUCACUGAAGUUGGCAAAGAAAGGAGGAAAAGGAAGUCUCAGCCUUGGAGCAGAGAGCAGCAGAAAAUCGGGUGCUGCUCCCAGGGUGAUGUGGGAUGACUCUGGAUCUGUUUGCUGCUGGUUUUGUUCCUCUGCCAGCAGGGCACAAUCAGGCAGCCAAGCCUUCAAAGCAGUCCUCAGGAUAUAGGUACAAACAUGACACUGAAAUUUGAGAAAGAUGAGGUUUUUUUCUGCUCCUUUGAAAAUCUCACCUGUGUCGAAAAUAUCGAGGAAACCCCCAUAUUUACAGUGAGUACUCUUACUUUUCUAGGCCCACAAAAAACAUGAGGUGAUCUUCUUGCCAUUGCCACCUCAGGUCACAGAUAUUUAAAAAUAAACCCCUGUUCACUCAUUUCUUCUCAGUCCUGUGAUCUGCAGCUCUGCCUGUCACUGUAACUCAGAUCAAUGGUGAAUGUUGCUUCUAAUUUGUCACUGGGAUAUAGCUGGAAAUCUGAGAGAUCUUUUUAUAAAUAGCUUUACAGUAUUGUGACUCACACUCUGCCUGGAAUGAGAUGGCAGAACUCUGCAUGGGGGAAUGUUAAAGCUACUUUUACUCACCUGUUUCUGUCCAGGCCUGGCCAGGGUGUGCAGCUUGUUUUCCCUGUGCCUAUAAAAUGUCAUCCCGGUGCAGUAAGGAUUGAGCUAAUCAGCUGUUAAAAAAAAAAAUAUAUAGGAACCCUCAUGCUCAACACAGGGCCCAGGUAAAGAGUUUGGCAAAAUUAGGAUUGGUAAAAAAAUGUGCAUGUCUCCAAUGGUGGAAGGGGUGGCCAAAAAUUCCAUGGUGGCAAUUGCACCAGAGGCAGCUUGAGGGGGAAGACUGCACAUCUUCCUCCCCACUGAGCCACUGUUUUGAGUCACAGUUUGUGCCAUAAUCUGUCUCAGAAGAGAGCUGAUGUAGUUGUCAGGGGAAGGUAUUAAUAGCUUUGAGUUUCUGGGAAAAGAAAGUAGGAUUUCAGUGCAAGUGUUCCUGUUUUGUUUGUGUGUAGUCCUUUUCUUUGGAAAAUGCAGCAGUAAGGAAAAGACAACAAAGGGGUUUUAUUCUUUAGGCAUUUCUGAGCUGAAGUUCAUUUUCUUGGCCUCUUCAUGGUUUCCAAGGACGUGCUGCUUUUCUUGGUGAUGAAUUAUGGUAAACUGUACCAGUGUAAAAGGAAGAUACCCUCUGAAGAAGCACUAGUAGGGGAAAACUGUAGAAAAUCCCUGAGGCCUAAGAGGACACUGAGCCCUGUGCACCUCAGCCAGUUUUGAUGGAAAAAAUUUAGGGCAGGAGUUCAAUGUUUAACAGUUACCUGCACAUUACGCUGCACAGACCAACACAGACCAGGGUCUGAGUGUCCAGGUGAUUUACAGCUGAUCUGCAUAAUUAAUAUUUGAAUUAUAAAUGCCCCUCAGUGUUUCCAGAUGGAGAAGCACAGUUAGUGUACUAAAGGCACACUGAAAAUGGGUUUUAAACCACA